CUGAGGAGAUUUGUGCUUAACGGACACCGGCGUCUAAACGCACCGUAAACACGGACUCAAGACAUCUCUGGAGCUUUCAGGAGAACCCACAGAAACGAAUACGGAGAUCUUGAUUCUGCAAAUUGGUUAUGGAGCGUCCUUCAUUCAGAAAGUCGUAGUUCUGACAGCUCCAGAAACUCUCCUGAAGCUGACGGAUCUGCAGCUUUAAUGCUUUUGAGAACUUGAGAUCUCCUGGAAUUGAGCUGGUCCAUAAAGGCUUCAAGUUUACUUGAGUGAUUUAUCAUACAGGAAAUAAUGUUAUCACGAUACAUUCCUCAGUGGGCAGUCGGUGUAAAGCGGUGAUUGAGGCUGUUGUGGGGUGUGCUAUUUCUCACAUUCAGUACAUUACACAAGUGUGUGUCGAGGAGACAGUCGAGGGAUUUACUCAUUGCCUGGUGUGCACACACACACUGAAGAUGAACCUCCUGAGGACCAGCAUUCACUGGAUUUGCGUGAUUGGACUUCUGGGACUCGUACAGGAGAACCUGGCUAAUGUUCUGGACAGCAUGCUGCUGAGGAAUUCUGGGAAGUUGUCAGAAGGUCAGGAGACAGGAGGUGCUGGACCGGCUGAACCACAGCGCUUCCUGUGGUGUUACUGCUACCAUCACUGCCCUGAGGACUCAAUCAAUAACACAUGCAGGACCGAUGGUCACUGCUUCACGCUGGUGGAGGAGGAAGGUGGGAUCGCUGUUUUUACCUCAGGCUGCCUUGGUUUGGUCGGAUCAGAGUUUCAGUGCAGAGACAUAGGAAACUCAAAACAGAGACGAUCACUAGAAUGCUGUACAGAUGAAGACUACUGUAACAAAGAUCUACACCCAACACUACCUCCUCUACAAACAUCCAGUUAUAUGGAUGGAGAUAUUCAUCAUAUCGCUCUUCUCAUCUCAGUGACCGUCUGUAGCUUCAUCCUCACCUUCAUCAUCAUAUUCUGUUACUUCAGGUACAAGCGUCAGGAGUUAACCCCUCGCUACAGUCUGAGUCUGCACCAGGAUGAAACGUUCAUUCCUCCCGGAGAAUCCCUGAGGGAUCUUAUAGAGCAGUCGCAGAGCUCCGGUUCAGGGUCCGGACUCCCCCUGCUGGUGCAGCGUACCAUUGCCAAACAAAUCCAGAUGGUGACACAGAUCGGGAAGGGGCGGUAUGGAGAGGUGUGGAUGGGUCGAUGGAGAGGAGAGAAAGUAGCUGUGAAAGUAUUUUUCACUACAGAUGAGGCCAGCUGGUUCAGAGAGACUGAAAUCUAUCAGACCGUCCUCAUGAGGCAUGAGAAUAUACUCGGGUUCAUAGCGGCAGACAUUAAGGGCACGGGAUCAUGGACUCAACUUUACCUCAUCACAGACUAUCAUGAGAACGGCUCGCUGUACGACUAUCUGAAAUCCACUACUCUGGACAGCAGGUCCAUGCUGAGAUUGGCAUAUUCAUCCAUCUCAGGCCUCUGUCAUCUUCACACCGAGAUUUUUGGCACGCAGGGCAAACCGGCCAUCGCGCACAGAGACCUGAAGAGCAAAAACAUCCUGGUGAAGAGAAACGGAGCGUGCUGCAUCGCUGACCUCGGUCUCGCCGUCAAAUUCAUCAGUGACACAAAUGAGGUUGAUAUCCCGCUGAACACACGUGUGGGCACCAAACGCUUCAUGGCUCCUGAGGUUCUGGAUGAGACUCUAAACAGAAGUCACUUUCAGUCGUACAUCAUGGCAGACAUCUACAGUUUCGGUCUCAUACUGUGGGAGAUCGCCAGGAGAUGUGUGUCUGGAGGAAUCGUGGAAGAAUAUCAGCUGCCGUAUCACGAUCACGUUCCCAGUGACCCGUCAUAUGAGGACAUGAGAGAGGUCGUGUGUAUAAAGAAAAUACGGCCGUCAUUCCACAACCGCUGGACCAGUGAUGAGUGUCUAAGGCAAAUGGGGAAACUCAUGACGGAGUGUUGGGCACAUAACCCGGCGUCCCGACUGACCGCCCUUCGUGUUAAAAAGACUCUGGCCAAGAUGUUGGAGUCUCAGGACAUUAAAGUCUGAGUACAGAUGUUAACUCAGAAACUGACUUGAUACCUUGCCUCGCCGUAGGUUUGGUGCAAAAUCCUCGCCAAUGGCAAGUGACCACGGCAAAGAUCAUCGAUGGCACACGUCUCCGUGUCUGGAUGUAGGACUGUGCUCGUACAGAAAUACAGACUUUGAAAUUCGAAGAUGUGGCAUUGGAGGACCAGCAGAAUGUCUCUGAUCUCCAUCGUCAUGUUGUAAUAAUGUGAAGCGGCGAGUACUGGAUGUUAUGGAGCGAGACAUUUCCAGACACGUCUGUGGUCCAUCAUAAACACACUGGACUUGAGGACAGCUAACUUUUUUAUUUGAAUUUGGUGUCAUCGUUGUUGUCCAUUAUCUGCAACAAGUAUGAUGGUUAAUGUUGAAAAUAUAUUUAAAGUCUAUGGUUUCUCACCAUUUUGGGUGGGCUGUGCCUUAUUUAUUGUGUAUAGAGAGUGAAGCAUACUUGAAUAAAUGUUUGAGUAACA